AUGAACAACUUCCACGUCUACGAGGCCAUCGGCCGCGGCAAGCACUCGACGGUGUACAAGGGGCGGAAGAAGAAGACCAUCGAGUAUUUCGCCGUGAAGAGCGUCGACAAGUCGCAGCGCUCCAAGGUCCUCAACGAGGUUCGGAUGCUUCAUUCUCUAGAUCAUGCAAAUGUCCUGAAAUUUUACUCCUGGUACGAAACUUCUGCGCAUUUUUGGCUGGUGUUGGAAUACUGCGUUGGUGGUGACCUCAAGGGCUUGCUUGAGCAGGAUAAGAAGCUGCCUGAAAGUGCUAUGCAUGACCUGGCUUAUGAUCUUGUCAAAGCCCUGCUGUUCUUGCAUUCACAAGGAAUUAUAUAUUGUGAUCUGAAGCCAUCAAACAUUUUACUUGAUGAGUUUGGAUGCAUGAAGCUGUGUGAUUUUGGGUUAGCAAGACGUUUAAAGGACAUAGAGAAGACCAAUCCUGGAGAUGUGCCACAACCCAUGAGGGGGACACCAUGCUAUAUGGCUCCUGAGUUGUUCCAAGAGGGAGGGGUCCAUUCAUAUGCUUCUGAUUUCUGGGCUCUUGGUUGUGUGCUAUACGAAUGCUAUGCAGGAAGACCUCCUUUCGUGGGUCGUGAAUUUACCCAGUUAGUUAAGUCCAUACUUUCAGAGCCUACACCACCUUUGCCUGAUAACCCGUCAAGGUCCUUCCAGAAUCUGAUCAACUGCUUACUUAUGAAAGACCCAGCUGAAAGACUACAAUGGUCUGAACUGUGUGAGCACAACUUUUGGAGGAGCAGUAUGCCAAUGAUUCCUGUGCCUCCUCAACCUGCCUUUGAUAACAUGGUUGGACUUCCCGCUACACCAUAUUUAGCUGAGAGAAAUGGGGAUAAAUCCUCCAGACAGCUGACGCCAACCAAGACUCGUGAACACCUGCGGAAGAAAGAUGAAAAUUCCGCUAAGGUUUUCACGACCCCUGUUAAAAAUGUGCUAAGUGGCAAGAAAAAUAAUGCAAAACCUUCCAAGGCUGAUGGUCUGAAGGGUGUCAAUGUCCUAAGAAUGUCUCGCAUAGCUAAGAAAAAUUUGCAAAGGGAGAAGGACAAGGAGAACUACAGGCGCCCUCCCACAGAAACAAAUGAAAAUGAGACUGAAGUUAAGAUCGAAAAUAAUGACAUGGAGCUUGAUUUUGGUGAAAAUCCAGAAGGGGAUGCGCCUGAUGAUAAUGAUGGAUCAGAUAAUGCUGGAUCAACAGCAGAUGAAAAACAUGCGACUCAGGGCACUGACGGUAAUGAAGAUAAUUGCAUGAUAAAUCAGGUGGAUAUGCUCACAGAUGAGUGUUCUGUUAAGGCUGAUACCAUGUUGAAUACUGAGCAGAACUGUUCAGAGAAUCUUGAUGUGGUGGCCACUCCACCUAGUUUCUGUAUGAGGAAAGCACGUCCAAAGAUUCCUUGUGGUGCUGCAACGGGUUCUGAGCCAUCUAACAUCUUUGAAGCAUUUUGGCAUCCAACAGAUCUCGCAGUUAAACCAGUUAUGCCUAGUAAGAAAGGAGAUAAAGCUACAGAAGCUAUCCCUGUGCUUCCUUUUGAAGCUCUUCCUGCCGCUGAUUAUAUUAAGUUACCACGGGAACAGAUGAAUGCAUUCAAUAGUCAGAUAAUUCAGAGUUUAAGUGGAAGUUUUCAGGUUUCAGAGAAACAGAAUAUCAUCAGAUACUUGGAGUUGUUAAGCAUGAACUCUGAUGCUGCAAAUAUAAUAACUAAUGGCCCAAUUAUGUCAUUGCUUAUAAAAAUGCUUCGACUGUCAAAAACUUCAGUCCUGCGUGUCCAGGUUGCUUCACUUAUGGGAUUGUUGAUACGCUACUCCACUAUCCUUGAUGCAGAGCUAGCCAGUUCAGGAAUUGUUAAUGCCUUAUCAGAUGGCUUGAGGGACCGGCAUGAUAAACUUAGGAGAUUCUGUAUGGCAACACUUGGAGAAUUACUGUUCUACAUAUCAACUCAGACUGAUCAAGAUAACAAAGAAAGCAAUGCUCAAGAAUCUCCUAUGAAAGACAACAAAUCUGCUGCUUCAUGGCAGGUUCCUAGCGCUGUAAUAGCACUGGUGUCAUCUAUCUUGCGUAAAGGUGAAGAUGAUCUAGCCCAGCUCUAUGCUUUACGAACAAUUGAUAAUAUAUGUAGCCAAGGGACAGAUUGGACAUCAAGGUUUGCUUCCCAAGAUGUAAUUGGUCAUCUUUGCUAUAUCUAUAAAGCAACUGGGAAACAGGAGAAUACAAGGCUUAUUGCAGUAUCUUGUUUGAGCCGCUUAGCUCGCUUCAGUUCAUCAUGUACUCAUUUAAUAUUGGAGAAGCUAUCGUUUAAGGAUAUUGCAUGCACACUCAUUAAGGGCAGUCCACGUGAGCAACAGAUCAGUCUGAAUCUUCUGAACUCGGCAUUAGUGAACAGUAAUAUCAUACCAAAUAUGAACCGCUAUAUUCUGUCAUUAACGGAGGAGAAACAAUUGGUCCCUGGGCUAAUUUCCCUGGUCGAACAGGGGACCGAUGUUCUGCGAGGGAAAACCCUUUUAUUUAUUGCUCUUCUUUGCAAGAACAGUCGAAGAUGGCUUCCACAUUUCUUUUGCAAUGCGAAGCUACUAUCAGCAGUUGAUAGAUUGGGAAAGGAGAAGGAUGGUUUCAUUCAUCAAUGUACAGAAGCAUUUGUUCAGUUAGUUGCUUCGUCGGUCCCAGGAAUUCUUGACACGGUGUCCAGUGAUAUACAGCAGGUCAUGGGUGGGAAACGUCAUGGACCCAUUACUGCUUUAACUGGACGUGCGCAUCCAAAGAGCACAAUUCAUUUGUUUCCUGUUAUCCUUCAUCUUCUUGGUAGUGUAUCCUUCAGUCACAGAGUCGUGACAAGUCAUGUAUUGCUCCAAUUGGCAAAUCUUAUGAAGAUUUUGGAGACGCCAUUUCAGGCUCGGGAUGAGUUCCAAAUGACAUUGCUGCGAGUUCUCGAGGCAGCUACGGAGGAGCCUUCUGUUAUACUUAAGGAACACAGAAUAUUCACAAGUCGAUUCCUGCCAAGCCUAUCCAUCUUAUACAAGGGCAACAAAGACUGUGAUGCCAGAUUCCUGUGUUUGAAGAUACUGUCCGAUGUGAUGAUUGUGAUCUUCAGUGAUUCAUCGUUGACUGCAGAGGAACAAACCAUAGCUGACCUGAAAACAAUCUCUCAUAAAUAUUUUCUCCCAAUGUAUCCUUCAUUUGCAGAGGAUGAAGAUCCAAUACCUAUGUAUGCACAGAAACUUCUAGUAAUGCUGAUGGAACAUGAUUGUGUUAAGGUCUCAGAUAUCCUGAAUGAAGCAACAGUCUCCCAGUGCUUUGAAUUUUUGCUUGGAGAUCUUUCAAAUGCAAACGUAAGCAAUGUCAAGCUUUGUUAUGCUUUGGCGUCUGCUCCUGACAUGGACUCCAGUAUUCUUUCGCAGCUUCAAGUUGUCAGAAGAAUAGGGAAUCUACUGGAGUUUGUGACUGCCAAAGAUAUGGAUGAUUUUCUGGAACCAACCUUGGAACUCUGCCGAUCUUUCAUCAUCCGUGGCACUGGCAGCAACAGAAGUAUUGCCCUUACCAAAGAACCUGCUCUCCUUGUUGACAGCGCCUUCAGCAUGAGCAUUGCUGUUGAUCAACAAUCUUGCAUCAUGGAUAUUUGUGACCUUGGUGGCAGUAUGGGCAUAUUCCUUGAGGUAGUCGCAAAUUCAGAUCCACAGAUAAGCGAUCUGGCCUCAGAUUGCAUUGUGCUGCUACUCAAGGCGGCACCUCGAGAGGCCACGAUGGGCUUGCUGACCAAUCUUCCUAAACUGAGUGCUCUGCUGGAGUCGUUGAAGCAUGGUGCCUCCCUGCAGCUGACUCGCCUGCUAUACGGACUAGCAUUCUCUUGCAGGCAAUAUCUAGCUCAAGGAAUGAUCCUCUCUAUAUCAGUACCAGCUCUGAUGCGAGUAGAAGUUCUUGUGUCAGUUUUCAAGAGCUCAGAUGAUAGCCGUCUUGCUAAUGCCGCUUCAUAUCUGGCUGCCGAGCUGCAGCGUUUACCUCGCUGUGGUUGAGUUGACAUGUGAUCAAGGAGCCAGUCAGCUGGCUGCCACCACACAAGUAAUCUUGAUAGGAAGGAGGGCCUUGCCUUGGUAUUUCGGGCACCAAGUGCUAUGAACAGCGCCAAUGGCCUCACAUUGGGUAUGGUGCUAACCUCAAAAUUGCUCCAUGUUACGAUGCUAUGUAAUUGUUUAUCUGCGACGAUGUACGGCUGCUGUAUAUGGUACUUUUUGGCCAAAUCUGUAUUUUCCUUGCCAAAUUUGGUUGGCAUGUAAGUUUUCAGUUUA